UUAUUAGUGGCAUAACUAGGGUUCCACAGCAGACAGCAAUGUGACUAACGAGCUCUGUGAUUCUUUCCUAAAAGAGAACUUCAUCUUGAGGCUCUUGAAGGAAACAGGGCAUGUUAAGACAAGAGUGCCUAACUGUAAAUCAGAGCAAAGAGCAGAAAAAAAUGUUAGUUUUGUGAGGCGCUGGACUUUAAAGAAUGUAAAUUCAAGAGGAUUUUUACAGGGGUGAGAUAGUCAUGCAACGUUAGAGGGGCAUCAUGUCCUAAAAAACAAACAAAGCAGAAGAAGCACCACCUGUGGGUCAGGUAGUUUAAUUUCAGCUCGCAAGGCUCCUCCUCCUCGUGCUGUAGAGCAGCUGAGCUCGCGCUGAGUUGUCCUUCCAGAUACUAUCGGCUGCGCAAACAGCCCUCACUACUGUCCUGUCCGGACGCCCUCACCGCGUCUCUCGUCUUCUUCACUUCUCACCAUGACUACCGUGGCCUCAGAUACUGUCUUCUUGUCCGCUUUACAGCCCAACACCUCGGUCACCACCUACGGGCUCCCGUCCGGCUUGGGAAAUGGGGGUUCGAUGUCGGACGAGCAGUCCAGAGCGCGGCGCGUGCAGCAGCAGGUCCAGAUGAGGCUCGCGGAGAAGUCCACACUUCCGCGUCAGAAUGGGUCAGCCUCGAACUACGCCAUGUCAGACUUUGGCGGAUCUUCAACAAUGAGAUACCAGACCUACAACCCGGGCUUCACCACUAGAUCCUCCUACAUGUACUCGGGCUCCAAAACAAUGGGUCCUCGUAUAUCUCAGAAGAUGGGCUUCAGUGCCCGGUCUGCCGGCCCUGACCUUGCCCAGUUCCACAAGAUCAGUGUCGGGGGUGGAGGCGGUGGCUUCAGUGGUGGAGGUGGUAGUUAUUACCAAGAAGACAUACGCAUGGGGGGCUACCAAGGCAUUCCUAGGACACAAGAAACCAUGUCCAUGCCCACAAUGAGGGCACAGGGAAAUACCUGGGUUGUGGAUGGCAGCGACGCUGGAAGCUUAGUGUCAGACCGGGACGCCACCAUCAAUAACCAGUUCAUCAGAACCAACAGCAACGGCUACGUCUGCCAGAUGAGGGACAACGUCCCAACCAUGCGUCGAUCUCUCAGUGGCACUCUUUCCCGUGGUGGAGGGAUGAUGGCAGGAGAGACAGAGAUUGUCCAGCAACACUCCUUCAAAGGUCCCGCCCACCGCACCAUCAGCAGGAUUACAAACCGAAACAACCGGAUGAGCAUGGGAUCCAUGUCUGGAACCACACAGCAGGUCUCAGGUGUCUAUGGCGGAGGGAUAGACCGAGUGGACAGAGGAUUCAUUGCACAGGGAGUGUCCUCUGCUUCCCAAGGCAACCUGAUAAUGCAGCGUCCGGGUACCCUGUCCCGUACCACGUCUGUCAAAAGCAUGCAGAGUGUGGGGAGGGGAGUGGACAUCUUCGGAGGGCAGUAUGAGGUCGGAGCCAGCACGGGCAACCUCAGCGCGAUCAACUCUUUGGACAUGCAGACUGCUGUGCAGAACCUGCGCGAGCCUGACCCUGAGCUGCAGGUCCUCGGUGCUGCCUACAUUCAACACGAGUGUUACAAUGACAGCGAGGCCAAGAAUGAGGUGCGUCGCCUGAAGGGAAUUGGCGAGCUGGUGAAUCUUUUCAACUCUGAAAACCAGGAAGUGCAGCGUUUUGCCACCGGCGCCACACGCAACCUCAUCUAUGAGAACAUGGACAACAAGGUGGCCCUCAUCGAGGAGGGCGGCAUCCCACAGCUUGUGGAGGCGCUGAAGGAGAAUGAUGACGAGCUGCGCAAAAACAUCACAGGUAUCCUCUGGAACCUUUCAUCCAAAGACAACCUGAAGGACAAAUUGGCCCGUGAGACGCUUCAUGAGCUCACUGACAAGAUCCUGAUUCCUCAGUCAGGCGGAGGGGAAGCAGACUACAUGCAGCAGUCCCCGUCUGAGGCUGAAAUCUUCUACAACACUACAGGAUGCCUCAGGAAUCUGAGCUCUGUGAGUGAGAAGACCCGUCAGCAGAUGAGAGAAACACACGGCCUGGUGGAGUCUCUGGUGAGCUACAUCAAGCUCUCCCUCGAUGACAACAAGGCAGAAGACAAGGGUGUGGAAAAUGCAGCAUGUGUCCUGAGGAACCUCUCCUACCAGCUAUACAGUGAGAUGCCUCCGUCUGCCAUGAUGCGCCUGGAAGGACCAACCAGAGACCAAGAUUCAGGAAUGGGUGAAGCCAUUGGCUGCUUCACACCUCAGAGCAGAAAGGCCAAAAAUCAAAAGAACCACAGUCUGCUCACUUUCUCUGAGGUCGCCCGAGUGCCAAAGGGUGUGGAGUGGCUGUGGCACCCGCAGAUUGUGAGUCUGUACACCCGUUUGCUGCGUGAUUGUGAGAUCAACUCCACCACCCGUGAGGCAGCCGCUGGAGCACUGCAGAACAUCACCGCUGGGGACAAGAGGUGGGCAUCUGUUUUGAGCCGGGUGGCUCUGGAGCAGGACCGUGUGCAGCCCGUAGUCAUGGACCGCCUGCGUACUGAGCGUGAUCUGGAGCUGCGAUCUCUAACAGGCUUCCUCCGAAACUUGUCCCGCCAUGCCACUAACAAGGAGUCCAUGGCCACUUCAGUGAUCCAACACCUCGUGAACAAGCUGCCUACAGACGGACACCAGAAGGAGCCGUCCAGCGAGGUGGUGGUCAACAUCUGUGGAGUUCUCAAUAACCUGGUGACCGGCACUUCUUUAGCUGCACGAGACAUUGCCUUCUUUGAAGGACUGCCUAAACUGGUUGGAAUCAAGAAUUCACACGACAGCAGCUCUGGGAAGAUAAAAGCAUCUAGAGCAGCAGCCACAGUUCUCAGCAACAUGUUCCAGUACAAGAAACUGCACAAACAAUACAGAGAUAAAGGGUUUACGAAACAGGAUUUCGCAGAUAUGACAAUCUAAAUCAGCCACUCUCUACCAGCACCCAUGCAGAAGAAAUCCUUUCAGAUGUUGGAUUAAAUUAGCUCUUCAUACUAUUCAAAAAUGAUAAAUUCACAUGUAUCUACCACACUUUGAGAUGGGAGCAUGGAUGUAGAACAGAUGGAAGAAGGAAUGAUGGAGAAGGACUUCCUGGAUAUUUGUAGAACUGAGGACAUUACGAGAAAGGUGGAUCAAUGGACUCUGAUGUGUGCACCUUAUGCAUGGACUCUUUGUUUGAACACUGUUUGUUUUCGUGUGGAAUCAGGGAUUUCUUGUCUGUCACAGCAACUUUUAUUCAGAUCAAACUAAAGCUGUUUGAAACUGUUGAUGAACUUUAGUGCCUUAUCUUCUCACUGCUGUGCUUCAUUAACAGCAUAAAUGCAGAGUAGUACUCACUGCACCUUUGUAAAUACUGCUUUUUAUUCUACACAGAAAUUCUGUUUUUUUUACAGUAGCAAUGUACUUUAUAUUUGAUAAGAUAUAUAUUGGAUGAAUAUAUGUUUAUAAAUGAGUCUGAAUUAUAAUAUAGUUAUAAUUGAAUGUAAUCCAGAAGAGAUUCAAAGAAACACUUUCUACUUAAAUCUGUCCAUAUAUAGAUUUAUGACUGUGGGGAUUAUGACCGUGCCUUCAAAGUUAACUUUGCUUUACAAACUUGUAAAAUCUCAUACAGGAAACGCCGAUGUUAACAUUUGUGGUGCCUUUGUUUGAUGACUGCCAUUGUAUGAUUAUUUUCUUUAACAUGCCGUCAUCUGCUGUUUGUCUGUUUUAAUAAAUGGUGUGAAUAUUAAACACAUGGGUUAAAUGAUACAGUCCUAAUAUUUGUUCAAUACUUCAGGUCUUUUAAUCCGUUCAUAAUAAAGCAAUAACACAAUUUAUCACUUUUAAGAUCAAGGCCUUGACUAGGUUAACACUUUACUGUCAUGUUUUAAACAGAAAGACCUUGAAUUGUACAUAUUUCUGCUCUGUGGACUUAAUGGGGAGUUUUGUGGGUGUUUGAAAAGACUGUUCAUAGUUGUAUACAGGCAGAUGCAUCAUCUGUAUGUUUUUUUCUUUUAAUAAAGAGACAAAUGUGGAA